AUGCUGCAAAUGAAGGAUAGAACAGAUCAGUGGGAACAACGCUGGAACUCUCAAACAAGAGAAGUCGCUCUAGAGAUCAUCACUCCUAGAAAAAAAAGAAUAGGAAGUGAAGGCAAACGAAGGCGAGAAGUGAAACAAACUUCAAAUGCUCGAGGACUUGUGAAUCUUUCUAAUAUAGUAACAGGCACACGGAUGAAUUCAGAUUGGGUGCGGCAGUACCACCUCCUGCCACGGUUCAAAAUGUCUAUACUCGGUGCUAGUAAGGCCAGCUUAACCAAGGCAAUUACCAAUUGGGAAACCGUAAAAGGUAAGAUCCCAGCAUCUGUAUUCCAGUCGGUAGAUUUUCAAAGUAGUGGGUCACUGCAGGCGCUUGAGCUACGUCGAGCUACAAUACAAUCCUAUUUACGCAAGUUCGCGCAGCUUUCAAGCAACGCUCACGGAGAAACGCCAAGCUCUAAUGAGGGCGAGAACAGCGACGCCCAAGAAAUUUCUGCUCAGGAAUCUCGCGUAGAUGGCGCUAUUGCGACAGCUGAAUCAAUAAUAUCGUCACUUAGCUUUAAUACGCUCAUUGACACCAAUCAGCUCAAGUCGCUUUCAGAUACGACACAACCUCCACCCGUACGCAAUCAAGAAGAUCAACGGGAACAUACGCCAACGCCGUCUUCUGCGAGUGACACCACUCGUUCGUAUGUACUGCCACAGCGUACAGCCGACGCGCCUAGCGAGGCCCAGGUAGUACUCCAGGACCUUGACCCCAACGAGUGCAAUUAUCUUGAGUUGGUGAGGGCUUUGAAGAGGCGCUACGAUCGUCCGUAUAAGACUCGUGCGACUCUUCAUAAGCAACUUCAGCAACUGCCUACAGCUCGUAACAACGGUCAGGACCUGCGUAGUACCUGGUUUCGCAUAUCCGGUAUUCUCCAUGAUGGCGCUGUCGCGACAGCUGAAUCAAUAAUAUCGUCACUUAGUGUACGUUUAAAUGAAGUUAAUACGCUCAUUGACACCAAUCAGCUCAAGUCGCUUUCAGAUACGACACAACCUCCACCCGUACGCAAUCAAGAAGAUCAACGGGAACAUACGCCAACGCCGUCUUCUGCGAGUGACACCACUCGCUCGUAUGUACUGCCGCAGCGUACAGUCGACGCGCCUAGUUUGUCGCCGUACUACACGCAAUACAACCCCGUAGUACAACCGCAACCCCUGCAGCCAACAUCCUCAGCCGCAGCCUGCAUACAGCUCGGCAAACUCACGCUUGAACCGUUUACAGGGGAUAUUACAAGUUUCAUAGGCGAGGCCCAGGUAGUACUCCAGGACCUUGACCCCGACGAGUGCAAUUAUCUUGAGUUGGUGAGGGCUUUGAAGAGGCGUUACGAUCGUCCUAUAAGACUCGUGCGACUCUUCAUAAGCAACUUCAGCAACUGCCCGCAGCUCGUAACAACGGUCAAGACCUGCGUAAUACCUGGUUUCCGCAUAUCCGGUAUUCUCCAUGGUUUGCGUAGAUACGAAGAUUUCCGUACGCGAGCGAAUACCUCUGCGCAGGCAGCAACAUCUCAUCUAGCCGCGCAACCCGCUGCAAAUACGCGUACAGCGCUCAUGCAAAUUCUGGAUCAGAUGUGCAGUGCUUUAGAGCUAGAGCAGCAAGACCAGCGUAGGAGUGCUCCGGUGGCCGCAACAUCAACGCAGACCGCCGACUUCCGUCCAGGCUCGCGCCAUCGCAGUUCAUCUCUUACUCGCACGCUUCCACCGCAGAUCCCUCAGCAGCGUUCGUAUCGCGUAGCUUCCGAAGAGGAAGACGAUGAGCCAGCAGCUCAGCGUAGCUAUUACAGGCGUCGGGACAACCCCUUUCGCCGCGCGCGUGCGCAGCAGCGCCAAGAUCAUCCGCCGCGUAGGCAGCGCUCGCCAGAACAACGCCAUGAACAACAUCAAUCGUACAUGGAGCGCCGCUCAUCGCGCAGUGCCAGUCCACAGUCGCAGCGUCAUCGCGAGCAUUCACGCGGCGAAGGCACGAUGGACGUAGCGCCAAUCGUUUCACUCUCCUUCGCGCCGUACGAGUUCCCCCUCGGCUUUCCGCCCCAAGCCGGUUCGCUUAGGCGACCAGUUCGCUCGGAAGCGGACGAUUCGCUCGGGGAGCUGAGAGACGAGUUCAGAACUCGGCCAUCUGAUCCUGCUGUCUCAAUUCCGCUGCCUCCUUUGGUCGGCAGUGCAGUGCCAAAUAUGGAUACAUGA